UCGUGUGUUUGUCUUUUGUGUUUUACUUUCUGAAAAACGUCAGAUUAAAGACUGAAAUUUUGGCUGAGUAAUCGGUUUAUCAUUUUAUAAUUUUGUAAGAAAAUGUCUGAACAGGAAGAAAAGUUAACACAGUUUAUUGCGAUAACAGGUGCAAAUGAAGAUCGAGCUAAAUUUUAUUUGGAGUCAUCUGCUUGGCAAGUUGAGGUCGCCAUAGCUAGAUACUAUGAAAAUGAUGGUAAUGAUGUAGAAUUAAUUGAUAGUUCUCCACAGGAAGUACCUACAGAGACAAAAGAAUCUGCUGCAACAAAUAAGGCUAAAUCAAAAUCCAAACCUUCAAAUUUUGCUACUAUGAAUACUCUUACUACUUCUAGUGAUGAAGAAGAAGAAGGACAAGCAUAUUAUGCAGGAGGAUCAGAACAUAGUGGCCAACAAAUUUUGGGGCCUCCAAAGAAACAAGAUAUUGUUGCCGAUAUGUUUAAAUCUGUUCACGAACAUGGAGUUGAAAUUUUAGAACCUAGUGCAAGUAGUUCUAGCUCAAGAGCAUUUAAAGGUACUGGCUAUAAAUUAGGUCAAGACAAUAAUGAUACAGAGAUUAUUCCUGGUGCACCAGAACCAUCUCCACCUGCAGAGGUAACAUUGAGAUUGUGGCAAAAUGGGUUUAGUGUGAAUGAUGGUGAUUUACGAGCAUAUACUGAUCCACAAAAUAAAGAAUUUCUUGAUAGUAUACGUAGAGGGGAAAUUCCUCAAGAACUACGUCAAGGAACUUCAGAGGUUCACUUAGUUAUGGAGGAUCAUCGUAUGGAAGCUUUCAAAUCUGCCCAAAAGAAAAAAAUAGUUAAAGCUUUCCAGGGUCACGGUUAUACUCUAGGUAGCCCUGCUCCUAUUGUAAUAGGAGCUCCAUGUGAAGAAGAUAAACCUGCUAAUGAAGCAAAAGCUAAGGAUUUAAUAAAAGUUGAUGAUUCAAAGCCUACAACUAAUUUACAAAUUCGAUUAGCUGAUGGUUCAAGACUGGUAGGACAAUUUAACUAUGAACAUACAAUAGGAGAAGUUAGGUCUUACAUUCAAGCAGCCCGGCCACAAUAUCAAUCGCAGCCCUUCAACUUGCUUUCUACUUAUCCAUCCAAAGUCUUAGACGAUGCACAAACAUUACAAGCUGCUGGUUUGCUGAAUGCAGCGAUCAUGCAAAAAUUAAUUUAAUCUCAAGACAAUACUUACGCUUUAUUAGAUAUAGGCUUGUUUAAAUUGGACUUAGUUAAUUUAAUCCUGUUGUUUAUAUUGUUUGUUAAAUAUAAAUAUUCUUAUUUUCAUAUAUUCAAAAAAUUUGGUGUUUCAUAAGAAACUAAAAUUUACAAUUCUGUUUUUUUUCAUUAUAAUAUUUAAGUGCACUGUAUAAAAAUUUGAAAAUGUAUAUCACAUGCAUACGGUGUGUUUCACUUUAAACAACUUUGAAAAACGAGUUGACUUUCAAACAUUUUUUGCAGCGUAGUGAGUAUUUAGUGACAUGUUCAAAAACCUUUGCCAUAAAUUGAAGAUCAUCAGCUUUUAAAAAAACUAAUGGUUUAAAUUAGUUGUAGUCUUGCUAUACUAAAACCAAAAUUUAAUUUCAAUAUAGGAUACAGUGUUUGUUUUAGUAAGUACAAUAAUUUUUAAAAUACAGUUAUUGGAAGAUCCUGUAUAAAAUUAUAUUGAGACAUUUUUUGUUUGGGCUUGUAAAAAAAUAUCUUUGUACAGAUUGAUAAAAAGUGUUUAUUAUUUACUAAAAUUUAGUGGUUUAGAUGCAGUGCAGUAGGCAGGGACGUAUUUUCCUAAAAGCGUAGGGGGCGAUUGCCCGGGGCGGCCUUUUCCAGAGGGGCAGUCGAAAGAUUGUCCCUCUGGGUUUUUUUGCUGAUAUUUUAUAUUAAUUAAGAGGUACUGGAGCGGCCGAUCAUAUUCGCCCAGGGCGCAUAAUUCAGAAAUAUGUUCCUGGCAGUAGGGUCUUGUUAGUGUAAUCACAGUAUUAUGAAAAAAUAAAUAAAUAAGUAAUAACUUUAUAGAAUUUUUAACAAAAUAAUUUGUUGCAUGUUUAUGUUUUCAACAUUUCUUUAUUUAUUUGUAAAAAAUAAAAUUUAAAAAUUGCAGAUACUGAACACCUUGUGUGAUCUAUCAAAAUGAAAUCUUGGUAUUAGCAAAUGCUGAUUCAAUUCAAUUAACCUAUGAGUUUUUUCUUUAAUAGUUUUCGUAGAUUUUUUAUUGUAGUAGGUCAUGAAAAUGGGAUAUAAACAGAAUAUACAUGAGUUAGUUCUCAUCGAGUACUCCAUGCCGAAAAAAAAAAUUGAAAAUUGACCUAACUGGUCUAAAAUACAAAAAUGGUGCUGUUCAAACUGGAACACGCUGUAGAUAUAUAAGUUAAAUACCGAAAGGUAUUAAAUACAUCCAAGUAUUCCAAGUUAAUAUUAUUUAUUUAUAAAAAAAGAAUUGCAAAUACCAUUAUAAAACAACUUAAAUACAAGUCUUGAUAAACCUUUUCUAUUUAUUUUGCAGCCUAAAUUAUCCUUUAAUAUAAUCUAAAGUUGCAAAUUAUUUAAAAUAUUAUCUUCACAGAUAAUGCUUUGUAUCAAUAUAACUCUUUAAUUAACAUUUAAUAAAAUAAUUAAAUUAUGUGGCAGUAAAUAACAGAAUUAAUUUAAUAUUGAAUAUUUUCACAUCUGUUUUGGAUUACAUCCUCGCAUUGAUGGUUCAUACUGAAAAAGACUAUUUGAAUCAUUCCAGAUGAUUCCGUAUUCCAAGAUGCCCCAGGUCCUUCAUGUUAUAAGACUGACUGAGAUGAUGGCAUAUCCCAAACAUUUUCAGUGGGAUUGAUGUCUGAAUUUGUGCAGGCUAGGCAAUAGCAACUUCAACAUUCCAGAAAUGGUGCAUUAAUUGCUUGUAUUACACUACCAACCUUUAGUGAUGUCUUCAGAAAAUUAAAGCGAUCAUAUUUUUAUAAUGAAGCGUGAGACCCAUAUUGUUUGUUAAAGGAUGAUUUCUGGGUCGACAUAGAGAACUUUUAUGAUGAAAAAAAUUUGAAUGAAAUGUGCGAAAUAAAAAAUUGAAAUAGGGGUGAGCGAUCAUGAAAUUUUUAUAAAGUGUUGCACAUCUAUUUGCAAAAUACUUUUUACCAUAACCAGCUGAUAAAUAGAAACAGGUAUUUUCUUAGUUUUUCGUAAAAUUUCUGUUUUUAUAAAAGCAUUAUGAAGAUUGAAAAAAUGAAAUGUUCGUAUCAAAUUAAAACUUAAUUAGAUAUAAAAAACAGUUUAUGGAAAAAAAAUUUUGCAAAUAUGUGUGCAACCCUUUCCAAGAUCUCAGUUGGCCAUUUUUAUUUAAAUUUUUUUAUUCACAAAUAAUUUUACUUGAAAUUUUUUCAUUACUCUGUGGGUGUAAUCGUCCCCCAAAAAAAAAAAAAAUGAAAAGACGACCACUUUAAUUUUUACGAGCAGUCACUGCCAACUUUGAGAGUAAAAUUACAAUACCGAAUUUAUUGUGGAAUUAUACAUUAUUUUUCGUAUUUAUGAUAUUCAAUAGAUGUACAUAUUAUAUAUUGAUGGUUUUAAAGUGUUAUGCGCAAUAAAUACUGUAUUGGUAUCAACAUUUGCAACAGCUUUCUACUGUAAAAUGUAAAUAUUCGUAAUUAUCACAUAACAUCUAAUUUAUUUUUUCUUCAAGUAUUUAAUUAUUUAGUCUGUAAAAGCAUAUCUGUGCAUGUAAGUUAUUCUAAAAAUCAGCGCCUCAUAAUCGCUGAUUAUUUUGUGAUAUAUAUUCACUUUAUAACACUUAAAUUGAAAAAUCAGAGCUGUAAAUUUUUUAAAGUGGUCAUAUGUUUUCACAUUAAAUUUUUUGAACAAUUUCAGUGUACUAUGAGUAAGUUCAAAUACACAAUAUAGAUAUCGAAUUAUA